ACUGACGAGAGGUCGACGAAUUAUUGAAAAUUACAGAAAUAUUUAAUCAUAACAUUUAUUAAUCAGCGAUUAUCUUCAUAAUUUAACUUUCAAUCGAAUCGAGGUCGCACACGACAUCGAGUCCGAAUCGCCGAGCGAUUUCGGCGUCCCUUGAGGACUUUGCCCAAGCCAACACCAAGCACGUUUAAGUGGACGCACACGGACGAUGACCUUCUGUUGAGGGACAUGUACGCGUCCGAGAAGAUGAUCAACUCGAAACCGCCGAGCCUGCACCCCACCAGCCUGACGGGCCCUGGCUCGUGCUUUUCAGGCGGCAGGUACUCGCCCACCUACCGCUCGCCCUCUGACCCCAUGAGGAGGUGCAUGGCCAACACAACUUCCCGCAUCUUGGAGGAUGUAUGUGGAAGUUGGUCUCCAAGACACAAUGGUGACAUUUUUGGCGGCAUCAACGAUGGCUUGCUUAGCAGGGCGGAGGCCCUGGCGGCCGUCGACAUCUCCAAACACCAGGCCACCUCCAAUCCAGUCGGCCUACCCCAGUUGAAGCAUGACAUGAUGUACCACCCUGGAAUGCAACACCCUGUCAACACAAGGCCGCAGACGGGUGACUUCAAGGUGAUGGGUCACCCUGGGAUGGACUCGUUAGAAAUGAUGGAUCCGAUUACGUCGACGUCGAUGACAACGUUGUCGCCUAUGAGCGACGCCGGCACCAACAACAGCGGCACCAACACCACAAGCACAGGUGGCGGUGUCCACCCUCACUACCCUCACGUCAACUCAAUGAUGGCGUCUCACCACCACCACUCGCACCAUCCUCACCACCACCACCAUCAUCAGGUAAACUUCAAUACUCUCGCAGCAAUCGCGGCCGCAGGCAACUCGGUUGGACUUGGUCACGGUGGAAGCGCGGGUUCAGGGGUCAUGGGUCAAGGUGGCGGCGGCAACUCGUCUUCAACCUCGGCCGUGGCCGCCGCACACGCCGCCGCUGCGGCGGCUGCAGCAGCCCACGCGGCCGCCGCGGCACACGCAGCGGCCACCGCGGCGAUGCACGACUCGGACACGGACCCUCGCGAGCUGGAGGCGUUUGCCGAGCGCUUCAAGCAGCGCCGCAUCAAACUCGGGGUCACGCAAGCCGACGUGGGCAAAGCCCUGGCCAACCUCAAGCUACCUGGUGUCGGUGCCCUUUCACAGAGUACCAUUUGCAGGUUUGAGUCUCUCACUUUGAGUCACAACAACAUGAUCGCACUGAAACCAAUUCUGCAAGCGUGGCUCGAAGAGGCGGAGGCGCAAGCCAAGAACAAAAGGAGGGACCCUGAUGCGCCGUCAGUCCUUCCAGCUGGAGAAAAGAAGCGGAAAAGAACAUCCAUAGCCGCACCAGAGAAAAGAUCACUUGAGGCGUAUUUUGCAGUUCAGCCGAGGCCAUCAGGAGAAAAAAUCGCAGCGAUUGCUGAAAAGCUGGACCUGAAGAAGAAUGUGGUGCGCGUGUGGUUCUGCAACCAGCGGCAAAAGCAAAAGAGGAUGAAGUUUGCGGCGCAGCACUGACAGCACGACGGUAGCGUGUCGUCCGGCGGGGGACGCUACCACACCCAUCACCAGGGCAGCACGCACUAUCAGCAGAUGACGGCCGUGAUGGCCGCGGCCGCGGUGGUGGCCGCCUCCGAGCAGCACCAGCAGAACUGAGUGAAAGAGUGAACAUGUGCGCGUGUGAAAAAUAAUAAAAUAUUGAAGAGUGCAAAACGAGUUACGUUAUGAAAUUGUCUUUGUGCAAACGAUUGUAUAAAAAUUAUGAGCGAUCUCACUAUUUAUGCAAUUAUUAUUCAAUACCAAAACUCUUAAAGCGGUCGCUUUUUUGAAAAAUCAUCUAGUCCUUGAAUUGUGACAUGAAAACUCACAAUACAGCAAAUCUCGCAAUAAUAUCUCUCAAGCAAGACACUCACAUAUAAUUAUGUAAUAUAAACGACGGCUAAUGAUACACAUAAUAUCUAUGUAGAAAUAUCAGUUAAUUUUUAAAAAGUGUCCCAGAGGAAAAGUAAAUUUCAAAAACUCACGACAAAUAAUCGUGAGAAACUGAGCGCUACAUUCAUCUCGCUCAAAUUCACAGGAUAAGUGAUCCUGUCUCUGUUGGUAAAGUAGAUUUUAGGCCAAUGUAGACCCCUCACUUGUGUUGAAAGAGAAUGCGGUGUACUUGUCUUAUUAACAAUGCUAUUGAUUUUUUUCUCCAUUAACUGCAGAUAACACAUUUGAAAAAAAAAAUGAAAGUAAAUUAUUUAAAUAAUUGCUUGAUAUAUAUAUUUUUUUGUAUUUAAAACUAUAUCAAAAUUUCUUAUUGUGUAUCCAUGAAUAUUAUGCUAACUUUUGUUACAUCCACUAUAAAUAUGGUAUAGUUGGAAAUUGAACUCCUGAUUUAUUUCAAAAGAUUAAAUUAUCUUGAAUUACUGUUUUCUGUUUAAACCUACAAAGAGAAUUCUGUGUUCUAGGUCAAAAUUUGAGCUAAAAAAAUAUCCUUCAAGGGACGAUUGAGACUAGCUUGAUUGUUAUUUUAUUUAUUUGACUAUUAAUCUGCACUUAACAAAAAUAUUAUUUGAUCACACCAAACCAAGCAGAGAGGUCAAAUUCGGUCCCUAUAAGUAAUCCAUUCUGAGAUGGAUGGAAGAUUAUUUUGAAUUUCCAGACUCCACAUGGUCAUUUUGUUGAGUGUUUGAUUAUGUUAUUUGUACUUUAAUAAAUUACUGUUCACUGUUCAUAAUAACAACUGUAGGGAAACCCAGUAUUUUUUUUUUAUAAUAAACUAGCAUUAUCAAUUUUAGGAAUUCUACGUUUAAAAUGUUCCUCUCUGCUUGCACAAAAAAGUGAAUAUUAGUGACCAUUAAAAAAGUUUCAUUGUUGACGGUGAAGAAAAGUAGUCUUUUCUGCAGUUACUCUAAUGUAUAAUUAUUAUUAAAUGCAAUUCAUGUUUCUUUCAUUCAUUGUGAUAUUUUGUCUGAUAUGCUUUUCAGGCUCUUGUUUGCGGAGAAACUUGAUGAAAAGAACUACCUUGAAAAUUGUAAAAACAAUUUGAAACUCUGUAGAAAUUAAGGGUCAACUGUACAAAAUAAUACCCAUAGGGCUUGUGCCAUGGAAUUAAAAGAAAAAAAAAAUGAGAAAAAAGCAUUUUAGCACAGGAUAAAUAAGGGUGUGAUCAAUGCCACCAACAUUUUACCAGCAGAUAAUUGAGCUCAUGAUAUUUAUUUGAAGAUAAUGAUCAAAAGGUAUUGUAGAAGAAUUUAUUGUAUCUGAUAAACAAAGUCCUGAUUUUGAACCUUCGCCUCUUUAAGAAAAAUUAUACUGUAGAAGUUCUAGCUCAAUUUGUAAACUA